UUUCUGGUAUUGAAAGGAAUCGUUUCUUGUGUGGUUAACGCAAUCGGUGGAAAAUUGUGAAAAUUGUGUGGCUAUAUAAAUUGCAAAUAAAAAUAAAAAUUUACAGUGCCUUCUGAAUUUCGUUGUUUUGAGUGUACACAAAAACAAAAUUUGUGCGUUGAAAAUGUCAAAUUGACAUUUUUACCCAGUUGACGGACAGAAGACAGAACUUCAUUUUUUUCUGCUUUGUGAAAAUUAUCGGUAUUUCGUUGUCACUUCUGCUUCUAUUUGACACAUUCAAGACAUUUGAGGAACAAAAAAUGCGUUCUGAAAUUUUCCAUGCCUCCCUUUUGUUGACAAGAGAUGAACGUAUGUCAGCAGUAUCGCCAUCUCGUUCUUUCGCAUUUAGUCGCUGUCAUGCACACAGUCCAUGCGAGUGACAACUGUCAAACGCGUGCCAAUUCAUUUCUUUGAAGUUUAUUGCACGGAAAAAUUUGAAGUUUAAUUAAUCAAAAAUCAAAGAAGAAAUUGACAUCUUGUGUUUUGUAUACAAAUGCUUGUCAAAAGCCACUGGAGCCGGAAAACUACUGUAUGCUACAGAGGCACGGCUGGAGCAAUCUAGGAAAACUAUUGGAUGCAUCAAAGGAACUGUCGACUUGAGACCCAAAGGCAACUUUGUUAUAAAUUCACUGUAGAAAAAUACUAAAUUAUAUUUAAACGACAAAAUCACUUGAAAUCGUCACACAUCAGUCAAAUAGUAGACGUUUGGCGGCACAUUUAAUUUUUCACUAAAAUUUUUGAUCUUUAUAAAAGGCCUUGCCGAAUCCAACAAUCAGACUUGAAGACAACUAAUUUUUAGAACAAAAAAUUUGCACUUGACUUCAAUUAUUCCUUCUAUCAACACAAUUGAGGCAGCACGAUUCGGUUAGCAUCAAUGCCACUGCGGCAUCUAUUGUACUAGUUAUUGAGAAAUACAUAUUCACAAAUAUAGUUUUUAAAAAUGCUUUCGCCGGAUACUUUGCAUCACGAAGAAGUUAAUCUUGCGCUGGACCGACAAGUACGCCAGGAUAUACAAGAUAUGGCACAGGAGGCGCAGAUACAAGCGCAGAUCAUAGCGCACGAAGCGCGCGAUCGCUUUCAAUCCACAUCGAGUGUGGAGGAAGAUGGUCACGAAGAUAUUGAACACGAUGGCGUCACAGUGUUGGGCGUUGUUGAGGAAGAUGACGACGAGGAUGAGCAUCAUGAAACCAUUGUUGAAGAAGAUUUGACCGAACAUGACUUGUCCGACAUGCAUGAUGUCAAAGAUUUUAAAGACAUUCUAAUGGAAUCCAGUGAUGCCAAUACGGAUAACUUGUCAAUGCGCAAGCGACGUGGCAAUUUGCCAAAAACAUCGGUAAAGAUUUUGAAACGUUGGUUAUAUGAACAUCGCUACAAUGCAUAUCCCAGCGAUGCCGAAAAGUUUACGCUCUCGCAGGAAGCGAAUUUAACUGUCCUACAGGUUUGCAACUGGUUUAUAAACGCACGACGUCGCAUACUUCCUGAAAUGAUACGACGCGAGGGGAAUGAUCCGCUGCACUUCACGAUUUCAAGACGUGGCAAAAAGCUAAACUCUUCGUUGAACUCCUCAAGCAGCAUUAAUGCAUCAGUUCCAAAUCCUAUCACGGGCAGUCCCGCUUCGGAAGUGAUCGUUGGCGCCACAGAAGAGGUGGAAGGCGAUGAAGUGCAUGAUGGCGUGGCAAAUGUGCUUACGGCGUUGGGUCAUUUCGUUCAAACGCCAAGCGGUCAUAUGGUUAAAGUAGAACCGGACAUAGAGUACGAUGACAGUGUAAUUUACAGAUCUGAAGAUGACAGCGUCAACGAGUACGAUUCUUGCGAGCCGCAAAGUGAGGAGGAAGGCAAAUUUGAAAGCUCAGACGCUUGGCAAAGUGUUAUGAAGACUGUUUUCAGUACCGAGGAAGUAACGACCUCUAGUCCAACUGCAACGAAUAAUACCUACUGGACGACCGCAUCACAACCGCAUACGACGACAGCGCAGACGCAUGCGGUAGGCGUUACGGGAUCAACGACAACAGGUGCUAUUGGCAACAAUGUGAUAUCUGCUGCUAACGUUAAUGCGCUGUUAACACCUGUUGAAUUGACAGCUGAAGCGGGUGUCACAGUUGGCGCCGAGGCUACAGUCGUAACAUCGGGUGCCUCAAAUGCGGCCAAUAUCAAUAAUAAUAAUGCGAGUGCAACCAAUAAUAAUCAAAUUUCAUCUAGUGUACAGGUCAUACAUCCUGGCAGUCAUUUGGUGAAAGGCGUCAUACGCGACGAUAAAGAUAAAUUCAAGUGUCUGUACCUGCUGGUGGAAACGGCAGUGGCCGUACGCCAACGAGAAAAGGAACAUGAAGAUGAAGAUGUACAUGUGCUUGGAAACUAAUUGAAAUUAAAAAUUAAAUCAGCUGGUAAAAAUUAGUUUUGCACACAUAAAAUCAUGCGUACCAGCUGCUAACUGCAAAUGUAACCCUUUAUGGAAUUUGAAACACGAAGAAAUUAGUUUUGGAACAGGAAUUCUAGAUUUUCCACCAUCGCUUGAGUUUUCUCAUUUAUGUAUGCCGUUUGAUAAAUGCUAGCUACUAUAUAUACUCGAAACAAUAUUGCAUUAACUGCUUUAUUUGCCUUUAGCUAGUCUUCAACACUUUUUUUUACAAGCAUAAUAUCGACAAUUAUUUCACCUUCACUUUUAACCAAAAAUGCAAUAAUUGUUAAAUGUUCAAAAUGAAUUCUAUUAAAUGCGUAUUACAUAUAACUUUUUCAUUUGAAGAAAUUCGAAUGCUUUUGUUUUUCCAAAAUAUACAGCACAUACAGCAGAACUUUAAGGAUUUAUUGAUUUUCUUAUUUUAUCGUCCUUAAUGCAAAAUACCCUAUUUGACACUUUCGGAAAUGCGUUUUUUACAUACAUAUUUUGCAACUUUUUUCCAACUACGAGAUUCGUUGGCAUUCUUAGAUCAGCUAUACAUAUCAGCACUUUUUAUGUUAAUUUAAAAAGCUUUUUGGUUAAAUAGGGCUUUUCGCACUGAUGGUGUUGAUAUGUACAUAGUAGGCCGUUAAAGUAGUAGCAGUUCUGCUGUCAAGUUCACUUAUCUUAAAGAGUUCUUCUUUUUUAAAUAAAUAUUGCUGAAAAUGCCUUUAGUUUGCCCCUACUAAUUUUUUGAUGCUCUUGAUAGCAAACAAAAUACUGCACUUAACCCUCACGAAAAUCGCCUAUCACAGAGCGAUUAGAUAUUGCAUGACAUUGGCUCUUUCAAUUAUCUAUUUAGUUGAUUCAUUUGCUGAUUAAACUCACUAUUUUGUUGAAAGAGCCCUUUGAAAGUUGAAAAAAUUGUAUGACGGCAGUGGCAUCGUUAGAAGACUCGGUUCAUUAUGCAUAAAUAGCCAAAAGAAAAUAUAUUAUGAAAAUAUUGAAAACGGGUUUUUAUUUAAG